CCUCCUUGGCGGAGCCGCUCCCGGUCAGGAUGAAGCGUCUGUGCGAGGAGAGCUCGUCGGACACCGAGUCGGACGGCACCAUCGACGUGGGCAAAGAGGAGGAGUACAGCCACGUUCCCAGGUCUGUGUCUCCCACCACGACGUCGCAGAUACAAGCCAGGAAGAAGCGCAGAGGGAUCAUUGAGAAGCGGCGCCGCGACCGCAUCAACAGCAGCCUGUCGGAGCUGCGGCGCCUGGUGCCCACUGCCUUCGAGAAGCAGGGCUCAUCCAAGCUGGAGAAGGCUGAAAUUCUACAGAUGACAGUGGAUCACCUAAAAAUGCUCCAUGCCACUGGAGGAGCAGGGUUCCUGGAUGCUCGUGCUCUGGCCGUGGACUACAGGAGCAUCGGCUUUCGCGAGUGCCUCACCGAGGUGGUGCGGUACCUGGGCGUCCUGGAGGGGCAGAGCACCGCCGACCCCAUCCGCCUGCGGCUCCUCUCCCACCUCAACAACUACGUGGCCGAGAUGGAGCCCUCCCCGGCGGCCGCUUCGCUGCUCCCCGUGCCGACGUGGCCGUGGUCCUUCCUGCACAGCCCGGUGCCGCUGCCGCGCCGGGACGCCGCUCCCGCUCCUCUCCUUGUGACUGCGUCCUACCCGCGCCUCGCCGCCAGGCCGGCCCCGGUGCGCCGCGUCCCCGCCGACGUGCUGCCGUCACACCGCGGCUCCGUGCCCGGCAGGAUCGCUUCCUCGGCCCGCAGAGCCCGCGGUGCCCCCUCGGCUUCGACCGCGGCGGCCGCAGCCCGGAUGCCGUCUCCGUCGGGAGCGCCGAGGGGGGGCUCGGCCAAGGGCAGCCCCAUCUCCGCUCUGCUCUUCUCUCCCGCCGGCGUUCCUCUGCCAGCAGCCUACGCUGCGCCCGCGGUGCUGGGUGCGGCCGCGCAGGGACCCGCGCUCAGGGUGGGGGCGGCCCGGCUGUGCCGCUCCUGGGCCACGGAGAUCGGCGCCUUCUGA